AUGAAGGCUCCACAACCAGCCGAUUACGGUCGCCUGCCUCCGUCGGCGGCGGCGAUGAGUCGCUCAAACACGCUCGACAUCUCGGUGCGGUCGGGGGAAGAGGGGGCGGGAUGGAAGGAGGACGUCGUGCCGCCGUUGCUCUCCGAGCAGGAGCGAGGAGCUGGAGGAGGAAAGGCUUCUUUCGCCGGCGAAGUCAGGCGCGGCAGUGCGAACGGCUUGUCGAACGGAAUUGGAGGGCCUGGUGGCAUAGCGAACGAGAUCAGGGAUUCGAGACGACCAUCCGCAGCCUCGUCGACCGGUACUUCCUCCUCGACUCGCUCGCUGGGUUCCGUCUGGCGGGCUCUCAAGUCCCGAGCGACGAGCGGUUCGACGACUGCUUCAACGCCCGACUCGACACCGACAGCGAGCAAGAUCAAGGCUUUCUUCUCCUCCGCUGGUCGACAGCCGCCAGCAACUUCGUCCACGGCGACUCGCGACAAAAUCCCGAAGAGCGUCGCAAUGGCUAAAUCGGCUUCUGCGGACUCGGCCCCUCGAGCACGGAGACGACCAGCAACGUCGGCGGGCGGAGGCGCAGCAGGCGACCGACCAAAGUCGUUCUUCGACGCCUCGACCUCGAGCAAGCCGAUCAACGGCUUCGCAAACGGGCCACCUCGACUUGGUGCCGUGCAGGAGGGCGCGCGCAGUGUGCACGGGGUCGAGCAGAAGUGGAAGAACCCUUUUGCGAACGCUCGACCCGCGACUUCUGCCGGCUCGCAGACUCUUCCGCCCUCCAUAUCCUUCGCUCGCCAGGCGUCCUCUCGAGCCGAACCCGCUAUCAACUUCGACGACACUGCUCCUCCUCCUUCUCGACCUCCGACUACUAAGCCACCUCGUCGUCCUUCGACCGCAACAGGCCCAACCAGCGCCGCAGGACUCGGCCGUGCCCUCUCCUUCAGCACAACCAAGUCCACCCGCUCGUCCUCGUCGCCGCAAAACGGAGAAGAGGAGAAGACCCGACGCCUGCCUUUGCGUCUCAAGUCGAUCCCGUCUGUGCCGAAUCUCAGACCUGGAUCGUCGAGGAAGCGGGAGGAGGAGGGAAAGGACCCGCAGGAGCGACCGAGGGUGUCGAGGUUGCCGUCGCUUACUGGACUUGUGCCCGCUGCGGAGUCGAAGUUUGCGGACUCCAGUCUUUCUACAAAUCUCUCACCUGCUCCCCCUUCAAUGCCUCCCGCUCCGCCAUCAUCCACCCCUCUUCCUUCGAACGCGGCAAAGAAACACGUCCGCCAGAAAUCGAGCAUCACAGCCCUCACCUCCAUCCUCAAACACGCCUCCUCCGGCACCGGCUCUUCCGCUACACACGACGCGGAGGAUCCGCUGACGGAUGAAGAGCUUGCGAGUUGGAAGUUGGGACGGUCGAGGGAGAACAGCGUUGGAAGUGCUGGUGUGGGAGUGGUCAAGGCGGGCGGGACGAGGCGGAUAGGCGUGAAUGGAAGUGGCGAAGAGGGAGAAGAACGCAUACCGAACGGCUCGAGGCGAGGCAGUGCGGAGGACGAGGCGAAUGUGUUGGUCAUCCAGAGGAAGCAGGCGGCAUUCGUUGCUCCUCCCUCCCCGCCUCGACCUUCCGCCGUCCCGCUCUCUCCCUCUUCUCCUCCUCUGCUAUUCGGCUCCUUCCGCCGCCCUUCCGCCGGUCUUCGACGGCCCAAGACGGCUCCCGAGAAUCGACCCACUCGUCCUCGUCGCUCAUCCGACGCGUCGAGCGCCUUCAACGUCCUCGAGUUUGUCGCGGCAGACGAAGGACGCGACACGAAAGCCGCCCUUCAGAUGCGCUUCCCGCAGAUGAACGGAGACGAAGCCGUCUUUCUCCCUUCCGCCAUCUCGCCGCCCAUGGGCUCGGCACCGUUCCCUACGUCGAACGGGAACCGGCGCAAGCUUUUCCGCCGCGCCUCGUCCGCAUCGUCGCAUCUCAGCCUCGGCAGCGAAGAAGAGAUGAUCCUCUCAACUCUCGACGGUGGGGAACUCUCGCAUGCUUCGAGCCCUUCCUCGGCAGGCGGAAGUCCCGUCAUGUUCCAGUCUGGCUUUGUCCCGUCUGUUCUGCCAGGAUCAGCCGACAGCGCCCUCCCGCCCUCGAUGCGCGGGCUGUUUGCGACGCCUGGCGCGCCGCAGCGGAUCCGGCCUCGUACGGCGGGCGGCGAAAUCCCCCUCUCUAUGCCGUCAAGACGAGCGGCCAAGCUUCCUCCUUCACCGAUCAAGAUCCCUCAGACCGUACCCGCGCUGCCCGCCUCUCCACCUUCAUCGUUCCCGCCCUCUAAAACCGGCACGUCGACUCCCCUGCAUCGACCAGCCUCUUCCGCCACUCUUCGCUCUCCCAUCGUGCCUAAGACGCCCGCACCUCCUCGACCUCCUCGAGCGCCCUCCCGCCCGUCCUCCCUCUCACCCACCUCUCCAACUUUCGCCCAGCACCGCUCGGCCUCGAAAGCCUGGUCCAGCGUCUCCCCUACUUCGUCCCCUUCCCGCGCUGAGACUCCAACUCGACCCGCCCGCCAUCCUCGUCGAAGCGUGAGCAUCGAGCGGGAUAGGACUGCUGCGGCGCUCGAGGGGCGUCCAGCGCGUGUGAGCGGGGAGUCCCAGAGGACCGCGAGCGGUGCCAGGGUGGCUGGACGGGAGUAUACGCCGCCGCCUAGUCCGCCAGCGAGCGAAGAAGUGCCGGUGCAGGUCGUCGUCGAGUGA